UAUUCCGUAAAAUCUCAGGCAGGGUCGUGAGGAUUUACGGCAAAAGGGGGCGGGGCUAAAUUCAACCAGGAAGUUUACGGCACAGCUCCAUGUUUACACAUGUUUGCAAGUUCACGUGGGGAAUAUUUUCACUAUUAAAAUGUCUUCAAAGAAAAAUAAAAGCAAAUCGAAAAAAGUGAAUGAAGGGGAAGGUUCACUGUUACUGAAGGAGGGCUCGGAUGACUCGUCCAGCCUGCAAACAUCCAGCCAUGAAGGAAGAAACUGCAAAAGUUUAAACUCUUUCACUGUCAUCGACUUCAUUGAAAAGGCUGACGACAAAACACCCAAAAGCUGCAGAUCAUCUUUGGCACAACUGAGCCUCAAUUCAAUGAAGUCAGCCGCCGUUUGCAUCGGGAGGCCAGUCCUUCUGACAGGACCCACAGGACAACAGCAGGUGUGUUUAGGAUGGCCGGUCGCCUCUUUUCCUGCUGGAAAAGUAGGUCUUCAGAAGAGUGCUCAGAGUAACCUCAGAGUGAAGUCUGGGGACGAGGUGAUGCUGCACCCUCUGACAGGUCCUGUGCUUCAGGUUGAGGAGGUGGUUCUCUCUAACAGGUCCAAAGAUGAUACACUCGAGACAGACGAGUUCAAGAACUUCUUUCUGAGAUCUCUGGAUGGGAACAUCAUUUUGCCGGGAAACGUCAUCUCCCUGACUUACUUUGGCCGGUCAUGCAGUCUCCGGGUCGAGACCAUAAGAGGGGAGGAUGGGGUCACCCUCCACAGACCAGCUCCUCCAGCAGGGCUGGGCCCUGACACAGAUGGGUCUUCUGUGAUGAACUCCAUGUUGGAGUCCACGUCAGCUGACCUCUCCCUGCAGCUCAGCCUGCUCACUGUGGAUGACGGCGAUGCUAACGGAGCACCAAGCACGCAUGGAGAGCCCGGGCCUGCAGCCAGCACCCCACUCCGACCAGCCAAGCUCCCUUCUCUCUCCGCAUCACCCGCUCCCUGUACUCCCUCCUACACUUCCCAGAAUCCUCCUGCAGUGUCAGCAGAGGAUACUGUCAGUCUGGAGAGCUCACUUUGCUCUGAGCAGGCAGAGAAAAUCCCCACAGCAUCACCUGGUGGUGCACAGAGUUCUGACACCUUCUACUGCCUCUCCUGCUCCACUAAAGUCAGCUUCAGAAACAGAGCAGGACAGCAGGAUCCAGAUGCAGAUGCUGAAAGAGCGAAGGUCACGUACAGCAUGAUUGGUGGGCUCAGUAGCCAGUUGGAUGUCAUCAGAGAGACCAUUGAGCUUCCUCUGAAACACCCUGAGUUAUUCUCCAACUAUGGGAUCCCACCUCCCCGAGGAGUACUUCUUUAUGGUCCCCCGGGCACGGGGAAGACUAUGAUUGGACGGGCCAUAGCCAAUGAGGUUGGAGCUCACAUGACAGUGAUCAAUGGUCCAGAGAUCAUGAGCAAAUUCUAUGGUGAAACAGAAGCGAGGCUGAGGCAGAUCUUCACUGAAGCAUCACAGAGACAGCCUGCGAUCAUCUUCAUCGAUGAGCUGGACGCCCUGUGCCCGAAGAGAGACAGAGCGCAGAACGAGGUGGAGAAAAGAGUUGUUGCAUCCCUCUUGACUCUGAUGGAUGGGAUCGGUUCAGAGGGUCACUCAGGUCAGCUGGUGGUCCUGGGAGCAACAAACCGGCCCCAUGCCCUCGACCCCGCCCUGCGCCGACCAGGGCGCUUUGACAAGGAGCUGGAGGUGGGAGUUCCGAGUGCUGCCGAGCGUGCAGAUAUUUUGCAGAAGCAGCUGAGUUUUGUCCCGUGCAGUGCCACCGCGAAGGAGCUGACGCAGCUGGCCGACACCGCUCAUGGAUACGUAGGAGCCGACCUCGCAGCUGUUUGCAAAGAAGCAGGUUUGCAUGCGUUGAGGCGAGCGCUGGGAGGCUCCCAACAGCCGACAGACCAGCAGCUGAAGGGGGCCAUGACCGUCACUCUGCAGGACCUGCAGUGGGCCAUGUCUGCGGUGAAGCCAAGCGCCAUGAGGGAGGUGGCUAUCGAUGUCCCCAAGGUCCGCUGGUUGGACGUCGGUGGUAUGGAGGAGGUGAAGAUGAAACUGAAGCAGGCCGUGGAGUGGCCUCUGAGGCACCCUGAGGUCUUCAGCCGCAUGGGGAUCCAACCACCAAAAGGAAUCCUGCUCUAUGGGCCCCCGGGCUGCUCCAAGACCAUGAUAGCCAAGGCCCUGGCUAAUGAAAGUGGUCUCAACUUCCUUGCCAUUAAAGGUCCAGAAUUACUGAGCAAGUAUGUUGGCGAAUCUGAAAGAGCCGUGAGAGAGGUGUUUCGGAAGGCGAGGGCCGUCGCUCCGUCUAUCGUCUUCUUUGACGAGAUCGACGCUCUGGCCAAUGAAAGAGGAAGCUCGUCGGGCUCCGGCGGUGUUGGCGACCGGGUCCUUGCUCAGCUCCUGACAGAGAUGGACGGCAUCGAGCAGCUCAGAGACGUCACUGUGCUGGCCGCCACCAACCGGCCCGACAUGAUCGAUAAGGCUCUGAUGCGUCCAGGUCGCCUCGACCGAAUCAUCUUCGUGCCUCUGCCAGAUGCUCCAACCCGCCGUGAGAUAUUUUCUCUCCAGUUCCGCAACAUGCCUGUUGCCCAAGACGUGUCUCUUGAGGACUUGGUGGCUCGGACCGCGAAGUAUUCUGGAGCGGAGAUAACGGCAGUAUGCAGAGAGGCCGCCCUCCUGGCCCUGCAAGAGGACAUCAAAGCUCAGCACGUCCAGGCCAGACACUUUGAAAGUGCCCUGAAUGCUGUGAAGCCCCGGAUCCCCGACUCUCUCAUCCAGUCAUAUAUCAGCUAUCAGCAGCAGCACAGCCGCCUGUGCUGCUUCUGACCACCUUUGCUGAGGGACGUCUUCCCUCUCAGCUCUAGUAUUAUUUCAAAAGAAAAGGUUUUCAGCUGGACAACAUACGAGAAGACGCUGAUUCAAAAUACCAGCAGCUGACUGAAAGGUUGAUUUCUUUUCUGUUGUUGCUGCUGUUCCAAGUUUCUAUCUUAAAUGUGGUUGUGGUUUGAUACUGGCACACACGUCAUGACAUAAAGAAAGUGUAUUUUUCAUCAAAUGUUGUCGUGUUUGAUCAUAUACAAGAUUAACAAUGUAAUAAAUAAUGUAUGUAUUGUUGUC